AAAGCGAGUCUGGGGCCAUCCUGGUGGUCGAGUCUGUGUCCAGCUUGUGGUCGACGAGUCUGUCGCAUGUAAAAAUCUCUUGUCUGUGGUCCCUGUCGGAUGAUUUCAUGGAUCGUCCCUGUCGACGAGCACGUCUUAAUGGAGCAAACAAACACAUGACCUCUCCUUCCUCGUAGGACGUCGUUCUUAUCGUGCGCAUUAUCGUGCUAUGCAUUGCAAAUAUGUCUGGGUCUGGAAGCUUGUGGUGCUGGGUGACGUAUUAUCAGGAGGCCACAACUGCUGGCUCAGCAUGACAAGUUUCUGAGCUUUUAGGUGUUGCCUGAUCUGCAUGACAAACUGCUUUUCUGCAUGACAGAAAAAUGGGGCUCUAGGGUAAUGCGCAUGACAGAUUUAAGAGUCCUGCUCCUGCCAGACAAGCAUCACAAACAUGCACUCUUCCAGACCCAGACACUUUUACAUUUGAUACGUGCCCUUCAUCGUUCUCCCGACAGUACUUAGAGCUCUCGUUUUUGUUUCCGUUCGUCCACAGAUUACCACUCUACUACUCUGUCGUGCUUCUUUUAUUUCGUCGUGAUGUGUAUAAUUUGUGCGGUUUCUACUAUUCUCGUCAAUUAUACGAACAGUACUUAGUUCAACAUCUUCCCAAGCUGCAAUGGAAAGCAUUUAUCAGUCUUUUCGUUUUCCUCUGCUUGUUGUUGGCACGAACGUGGUGUGAUAGAUGCAGCAGUCUUUCGUUAUUUCUCAUCAAACUCAACAGGAAGGCGGUACGUACAGGAACUGCAGAGUAGUUAGUUUUUCCCUCGAAUAUUUUGAGCAUUAAAGAAAAAAGCUUAAGUCUCGUGCAGCUUCGGACCGCUUCGAGAAGACCAAAAUAGAAAUAGCAUUUGAUUGCUGUGUAGUUCUGCAAUACAAGUAUACUCAAGCAAGACGAAAAUGACGGAUCUGGCGGUCGAUUCCGUGGCCGGAGGUUCGACGUGCAAAGGAUCGGAGGCGAUGAGCUUGUACAUUGUUUUUUCAACUUGCUGGUGGAUAAAGUGCGCGACGUUUUUUACCUUAUUUCGCUACAAUAAAUAUCCGGUUUACUGCUGCGACACGAUAAUACUCGUUCUUACUGGUGCCUUGGAUGCAAACUGUUCAUCAAGAAGAUAUCUUCUUAGCAGUGCCACGCGGUCGUGAAUGACAGACAAUAAAAAUCGGAAAAAAAAUCUCCUGCAGGUUGGCCGCGAAGCAGCAGGAGUCGCAGCGUUUGGUGAAUGUCGAUGCGUACGGGACCAUGUCCUCUCCCGCUGACGCCAAGCAUAAACCGGCGAAAAAGACUCUGGCUGCCGGCAAGAUGGCCGGAGACUCCGACACUACCGCGAUCAAAACGUUAUUGCGUCAGCUUCUUUCUCGUGUCCUGCUCUUCGUCCUGGUGACCGCCACCGCCGGGUUGGGUUUGCGCGUUCUGUUGCUGGUGUCGGCCGGUGAACGGGUCGGUUCUUGGGCGGCGUUCUUUCGUCCGUUGGGUGCGGGCCACGAGGCUGGUGUCGCGAACGGAGCGAGUGGGGUGUCAUCCUUCUCGCAAGUGGGCGCAGGCAGUGUUGUGAAGCCGAAUAUAAUUCUUGAUGAGGAGCCCUGCAUGCAUCAGGGAACCAAAGAAGCGUGCGAAUCCUAUAUGUCCAUGUACAAACGCCCGUGCACUUGGUUUUCGUCGGAGCCGGGGUUCCGUCAUUCGCAUAACCGGUGGGAGCAGUCGCAUUGUUUUCCGGUAGAAGCAGCUGCCAAUGCCCGUGCUUUCGCCAUGGCGGACGAAGAUGCAAAGUGGGAGAAAAGUCAGAAGGAAAAAAUGUACCAUCACGUGGAGCGUUUGCCUGCUCCUCGUCCGCGACAAACCAGGACCGCGAAAGACCAGGACCUCGACGUACAAGCACCUCCGCGAUCCGACUGCGCGAAGUACGGCCCCGACCCGGGUUAUGGAAGCGUCAGGAUUGAAAUCCUCAAAGUUGAAAUAAUUUCUCAUGCAGAAAUUGCAAGGCAUGAAGUGCCUCUCUUGCAGGGAUUGCAAAUGAGGCCGAUUGUAAGCCUGUUUCGGGUUUGGAAUAGAGCUGCUAAAGUAGCAUGACAAAAGGCGCCUUCUGACCCUAAACAGCAUGACAAACUGGCUUUAGACGGUGCCGAAAUUUGUCAUGCGCCGCUGGGAAAUUGGGCUUCCAGCUGGUAUCGAUUUUAUGCAUUACAAAUAAUUUCAACUUUGACGAUUUCAAUCCUGACACUCCCAUACGGGUCGUGGGGCUGAUGGCUGCCCGGGAAAUGAUGACGGUCGGUGCACGCAGGACGACUGUCGUCAGCAGCAAGGCUGCGUGAGUCCGUACGCAGGGAGGUGCACGGCCGCUGAUGGGACCAAUGUACCGUGCGAGUGGCAUUGUGUGGCUGAAAAUCCAUUCCCCGGCUUAGUUGAUGAUGCUUUAGAAGUUUUUGAUGUUUAGAAAACGUUUUUGAUGUGCAGCCAUCUAUGAACUUUUUGAUGACGAUAGUGCAGCCAGGGAGGAGCGGAACAACCACUACUUCCACGUACUCUAGUAGCGUUCUAUACGUGUAGUUCGGCACCACGAGUCAUCAAAUGCAAAUCAACAAGAACACCAAGUGGUGCGAACAGGUGGAAAUAAAGCCAACAACUCGGACAUUAUUUUUCCCCUUCAAAUAGAAAAAGUCGAAAGCACUGCUCUCGUCCACCACAGUACCACUACAGGUAAAGAGAACAGUGGACAGACGAGGAUUGAAGGAUGUGAUGACGUACCUGCAGGACGAACAUCCUUCUGUCUAAUAUAAUCGAGUUCGCAUGAAUGUGAAUCCUGCUUGUCGGUAAAAAAGUCGCGAGAACUCAG